UUCGCUCAAAUCUUGGCUCAAAUGAACGAUUGAAACAUUGUUGUAUUGAAAACAAAGUGCAGUUGAAAAUUUUGUCGUGUCGCUGGUAACAAAAUUUAGAUUGUCUUCUACCAGUUUUUCGCGAAAAUCCUUUAUAAAUACCCCUCAGACUUUGAUUUUCAAUAAGUCGAGAUCUUUGCGUGGCCUGGGGAAUCCGAUCGCAUUACUAGGUGGCAAAAUAUGUUGAAAAACAAGUGUGACGUCACAAUUAGGAUCAGCUGAGGCUGCUGCAGGAUUGUUGGAGAAGAUUAUUAAGAAAACAAUAGGAUGGGAGGAGCGGUGAGCUCCGGCCGGGACAACAAUGAGUUGAUCGACAAUUUGAUGGGCGGCAAUUAUAUCCGCUCACGGGAUGUGGAGAAGGUAUUCCGGGCGCUGGACCGCGCCGACUACAUGACGCCGGAGGCUCGAGACCAAGCGUACAAGGAUCUGGCCUGGCGACAUGGGCCGCUACACAUGUCCGCCCCUUGCAUUUAUAGUGAAGUAAUGGAAGGUCUGGAGUUGAAGCCGGGCCUGUCAUUCCUGAAUGUGGGGUCCGGCACAGGAUACCUCAGCACGCUGGUGGGGCUCAUUAUCGGCUCAAGUGGCAUCAGCCACGGGGUGGAGGUGCACCCAGUGGUGGUGGAGUAUGCCAAUAAGAAGCUUGGGCAGUUUAUGGAGAACUCACCAACGCUUGAUGAGUUUGACUUCUGUGAACCUAAAUUCUACCAUGGCAAUGGUCUGUGCCUGGCGCCACUACUCACACCAUAUGACCGAGUGUAUUGUGGAGCUGGGUGCCCAGAAGAAUAUCAAAACUACUUUCAGCAGCUUAUCAAAAUCGGCGGCAUCCUGAUAAUGCCGCUGAACGACAACCUGCUGCAAGUGCGGCGCACGGGCCCCGCCGAGUGGACCACCCGCAGCCUGCUCAACGUGUCCUUCGCCACGCUGCGGGUGCCCACCAAGGACGAGUCGCAGGACUUGCUUCGACUUGACGAGCAGGCCCCCGGGCGGCUGCAGGCGCUGGCCCGCGCCGUGGUCCGCGGCUGCAUGCGCGGGGCCAUGCGGCGCCGCCACCCGCACCUGCGGGAGCCGCCGCCGCGCGCGCCGCCCGCCAAGAAGGCUUGCCCCCGCCGCAUCUGCAUCCCCGUCGACGACGACAGCGAAGUCGAGGGUCUCAACGCUCUCCACGACUUAGACCGCGCGAGCGGCGCUAACGAGAUGAACGCGUUGCUAAGCCUGGUGCUGAGUAUGGGCCACAACCGCGUGGCGGGCGCGCUGCGCGUCGACCAGCUGGACUCGUCGUCCGACUCGGACACGUCCAGCGACGACGAGCGCGACGACCGCAACGACGGGGACGACGGCGACGACGCCGGCGACCGCCCUGAUGCAGAUGCCCCCAGGGUGCCUCGUCCACGGAAUAGAGAAUCACAAAGCAGCUCAGAGAACGAGAGAUGCGAUGACGGCCCCCAAGCAGAGCAAGACAGGCCGGCGUGGGAGCGCGGGCCGACGCCGCGCUCUGUCAUCAUGUUCGAGUUCCGCGACCACGCGCGCGGCGGCGGGACCCCGCCACACGACGACCAGGACAGGCACACACCUCCCCCAGGAUCCCCUUCAGACAAGCAGUCAACCUCAAAAGACAAGCCUAAAGACAAACCUUCAAGCUCAAAAGACAGUUCGAAAAAUAACAAAAAGGAAUUUCGUCGAAGAGUUUCAAGGGGCUGUCGCCGUGGCUCGAACGAUAACGAAUCUGACGAAAGGGAGGGGGAAGAGAACCCGGAUGUACCGGCCGAGGUGGAGAUAUACCUGGGCAAGUCCCGGGAGACGCCGGGGACAUCAAAUAUGGAGUGGGAGCCCACAGACGGUCGAGCGCAUUCCAGCGAGGAGGAUACUACAGAGACUUCUACGUCUAAGGCGAAGGAAGAGAAGCGUCAGAAGUUGGACAGCGGUAUCGGCGAGGAGAACACUCCUUCGGCCGGCACCUCCUCUAGUAAAAGCGAGGAGUCAGAUGUAGAGUCGCGCCGCUCCGACAGCGGCAGCGACGAGGGCUGCGGCGAUGACGUCAGAGGCCGGCGCCGGCGCCAGAAGCGCAGCCACCGCAGCUCGCGCUCGCGCUCGUCGUCGUCGUCUGGGCGCGGGCGGCGCGCGGGCGGCGCGGGCCGGCGCCACACGGGCGACGCGCGGCGCGUGCGCCUGUCGCUGCUCAUGAAGCGCGCCGUCAAGGAGCUGCCGCUGCCGCACGCGCUGCAGAAGUACGUCAACCUCGGACGCUGCUUCGAGUUCUAGGACGGCUCGCACGGGCCUGGGUGAGCGUGCAUCGUGGAACUUUCAAAUGCCUUAGAGCUGUCUGGGAUCCUGUCUUUAAGGGUGAAUUUCCAACAAAGUGUCUACGAGAGCAGAGUAAUCACACGUGCGAGAGAGAAGACGUUCUCUCCUUCGCGGUGAUUGGUCGAUUCUUGCACGUGUCCAAUGAAAUUCAUCCUUAUGAUAUACCUCAAUAAGAACCCUUUCAGGAUUACCUAAUUGACUACGGCUACACAGUCAUAAGCAGGUGUGUUCUCUGCAGGCAUCCGCUUUUAAACUCUUGUUUAGAUCUAGUUUGUAAGAGAUCGACAGUCCAGCGACCGACUAAUAUACUCGUAGAUACCAAAACUACGGGACAAACACGUCCUAAGUAGGCAACUACAGUCAUGGCCUCGCUAUUAUAAAUAAAUUACGUAAAUCUAAUGUUUAAAGAUAUACGUUCCAAAAUUCUCAAAAAGUGGGUCAUGUCAAAACGUACUCUUUUCUGAUACGUGUAAUAAGUACAUGUAACAGAUACCUGCUCUAAGGAAGCUCAAAAUGUGACUUAUUUCACAUUUCCGUCACAGGCGGAGAUAAUCUUGUGCCAUCUAUUACUUUAUUUAUGUUUUUCGCCUAAACAAAGAGGGUCACCUGUGUAGGCUCUUUAAUUUAUAGAAGAGCGCUUACUACAAGUCAACAAAGUAACAUUUCAACAAGCAGUCAUCAAAAUCGCAGCCCGAUAACAAUAAGAUGACAAAGAAAAAAAAUUGAUCGAACGUUCGAAAAUUAAAAAGUUCUGACUAAAUGCAAAAUCACUCAAUGCAAAGACCGAUUGAAUGGACUGAGUAGUAACUAAAAGGAUGAAACGUCGAUCUGACAAAUCAUGCUUCACAUUUAAAUACAGUCUUCGUCUGAGAUAUAUUUAGGUAAGUAAUGAAUUUUUCAAUGCAGUCUUGCAGGUAGUUUUCAAUGGAGGUAGCAUACACCAAAAUUGGAAAGAAUUAUAAUAUAAAAUAGAUGAAAACUGAAGAUAUUUACAGAAAAAGAACAAAAAUAUGUACUACGCGUGUGAAUGGAGUAAUAUCUAUAAGAAAAAUGAUAAAGUGUUAUAUAAAAUUUCAAUCCGUGUUGAACCUUACCGCGAUGGGUGGAGAGACCGGAUCGAUAAUUGUAAAUACAUUAUUAUUAUUAUUAAAAGUAGGGCAGAAAUAUCCUAGAGAAAUCGUGUGCGUCAAGCUAGCGGCCUCAAAAAAAAAAUGGGCACGAAAAAAUAAUUUGACCAUACCAAAAAAUAGUACUCUUAUUGAAAAAAAUAGUACCUGUUGUAAAAAAAUUAGUACCAUCACGGUUCUGGAUUUAUAGCCAUGUUUUAUUGCACUUGCUAGCUUGACGGUGAGCGAAAUUUGGCGAGAGUUAACGACAAGGUCUUUCGCUUUGAUUUAAACGCCAAAAAAUAGUACCGAAAUAGUACUCACCCCCUGCAAAAUACCGAAAGUAGUACUUCAACGGUUCCAAAGUUAUAAAGGCAGUUCUUUGAUCCCGCUAGCUUGACGUUUUGAAAAUACCUAUUAUCUGGGGAACGCUUGCAUACUUCAGUAUGUAACUAAUGUCAAUAAACUCGUAUGAAAUAGUACUCCCUACCAUCAUAAUUUGGACCUGAUUCUCUUUGUAGAAAUGUUAAAAAAUCAUCAUAACCUAUGCCAUACAUUUGUUGUUGAUACAGUCACGUAGACAAUUACAUAACCUCACAAUUUAUUCGUAAGUAUUGCCAUUUUGGAGGUCUACCCUACCAUUUCUUUGCACUUCAGUGCUGCUAUUACAAAAAAUUCCUAUUGCAUACACCCAUAUGCACUAAUUUUAAUAGAAAAUGGCUGCAUGGGUCUAGUUCUUAUCGAAAACAAUCUGUGAUUUUAAUACAUCAUAAUACAUUUUUAAUCUGCUGUUUUAUUUUAUAAUUUAUACCUUCAUGUUGAAUUUGUUACGGAUCGAAGUGUUUGUUAAUAAACAAUUUGCAGUAUUUGUAGAAUAACUCAGUUUCAACAAUGAUAUUACUUUCAUCUAACAACCCUGGCACUUCACCAAUUUUUACCCAAAAAUGGGGAAAAAUACUGAAAUCUGACAACAUUCUUGACCAUGUGUAAUAAUUUUGUUCGCGACUGUACUUGUCUUGAUAAAUGUAUGACAUAGGUUAUAAUGACUUUUUGAAAUAUUUCUACAAAGAGAAUCAGGUCCAAAUUAUGAUGGUAGGGAGUACUAUUUCAUACGAGUUUAUUGACAUUAGUUACAAACUGAAGUAUGCAAGCAUUCCCCAGAUAAUAGGUAUUUUCAAAACGUCAAGCUAGCGGGAUCAAAGAACUACCUUUAUAACUUUGGAACCGUUGAAGUACUACUUUCGGUAUUUUGCAGGGGGUGAGUACUAUUUCGAUACUAUUUUUUGGCGUUUAAAUCAAAGCGAAAGACCUUGUCGUUAACUCUCGCCAAAUUUCGCUCACCGUCAAGCUAGCAAGUGCAAUAAAACAUGGCUAUAAAUCCAGAACCGUGAUGGUACUAAUUUUUUUACAACAGGUACUAUUUUUUUCAAUAAGAGUACUAUUUUUUGGUAUGGUCAAAUUAUUUUUUCGUGCCCAUUUUUUUUUUGAGGCCGCUAGCUUGACGCACACGAGAAAUCCCUGUCCCUAGUCAACCAUACGACGAGUUUUAUAUAAUUAGUAAUGUUGACAAGUUCUAUAAAACGCGUCCAAUAUUGGAUAUGUAUCGCGUUCGCGAAUGUACUGUUCUUGUAGAUUAGUCAGUGUCAUAGCUGAGAUAAGAUUUGUGUGUGCGCGUUUGUCUCUUGUUGGGGUGUACAUAGUUGGACGUUUCUGUGACGACUGUGUGUACCUUGUAGAAGAGGGUAGACGCGUACGGACUACAAUGUUGACGUGCACGUGACUGCGUGCUGGCGUCACGCGAGCUGUACACAUAUACUGUGUGUCGCGACGACGUCGUUGUCCGCCUGUCCCGCGGGGAUCACCAGCCCACUCCCGACAGCUCACGCCAACGCGCAGCCACGCAUCUCUAUAUUAGGAAAGUUGAUGUAUUUAUACGAUAAUAAUAUUAAUAAUUCAUGUAAAUAUAUGUCAUUUGUUUUCUGUUGCAUGUAAUUAUAUGAUUUUAUUAUGCAAGUUAUCGUUUUAAUGAAUUCUAAACGAUUAUGUUAUGAUUUACCGUCUAAGCUUUAAAUUUUAAUGGUUUUGAUGAACUCCAAUACGAAUGUUACGAUAGAAAGAGAUCUAAGUAACCGUGCGGGAAUGUAACCACUUUACGUGUCGAUCCCAAUAAAACAUUGUGUUUUUUUUUAA